UUUUGCGGGUGAAGGUUCAUUACAGUGACUGUGUAACGUCUGGUGUCUGUGGGUUUUUAAUAAUCUAAUUUACCAUGUCUGGUCGUGUUCUCGUUGGAGUGAAGCGUGUCAUUGACUACGCAGUAAAGAUUCGUGUGAAACCCGACAACAGUGGCGUGGUGACUGAUGGCGUUAAGCACUCAAUGAACCCCUUCUGUGAGAUUGCUGUGGAGGAGGCCGUCAAACUGAAGGAGAAGAAGUUAAUUAAGGAGGUUGUGGCUGUCAGCUGUGGGCCACAGCAGUCACAGGAGACCAUCCGUACUGCCCUUGCCAUGGGGGCAGAUCGUGGAAUUCACGUGGAAGUGAGUGGGAAAGACUAUGAAAGUCUUGGACCCCUGCAGGUCUCCAAGAUCAUGGCUGCUUUGGCCAAAAAGGAGGAUGCUCAACUCAUCAUCCUUGGCAAACAGGCCAUUGAUGAUGACUGUAAUCAAACUGGUCAGAUGACGGCAGCCUUGCUAGACUGGGCUCAGGGCACCUUUGCAUCAGAGGUGGCUUUAGAAGGAGACAAGAUUAAGGUGAUCAGGGAAAUUGAUGGUGGGCUAGAAACUAUUAAGAUCAACGCACCAGCAGUGCUUACUGCAGAUCUUCGACUCAACACCCCCAGAUAUGCCACCCUGCCGAAUAUCAUGAAAGCUAAGAAGAAGAAGAUUGCUAAUGUGAAGCCUGCAGACUUGGGAGUGGACCUCACAUCACGGUUGGAGGUUUUGAGAGUAGAUGAGCCCCCAACGAGGCAGGCAGGCAUUAAGGUGGAGACGGUGGACGACCUGGUGGGAAAACUGAAAGACACAGGGAACGUAUAGUUUCAAGGAGCAGCUAUAUCCUCACACCACCCAACCGAGGGGACGUGGAUGAAUGAUGGGACUAUAACGCAGAAACACACCUACAGGAUGAGCCGAUGUACCGGUCUGAUCUCUCUGAGACUCUGACUCCUGAUCAUAUGCUGGGAGGUGCUACAGGAGGAGAGGAGUACUGAGACCCACUGCCUGGCUGUCAGAAAUACCCUAACAAAGAUCAGCUUGUCCUUCCUGUAUAUUUUAACUUAAAUGGAUAGUUCACCUGUAUAAUUUAACCCUAAUUUAACAGUCUGAUGCAAUAAUUUAGCCAGAAACUGUGUUACUCAUGAUGCUGAUUGUUUUGAACUGUAAAUGCAACUCCACCUGUACGAUGAAUCUCCCCAACAGCUGCUCGACAUUCAGCUUUUUAAUCUAGUAACGCAGUCACACAUGUUCUGAGGUGUAAAUGAUAGUUGUAAAUAAAUAUAGACCAAGGUGUAGAGAUGAUUAUGGAGUUAAUGAAUGACUAAUUUGAUUUGGACAGCAGACAGUGCCUCUCAGUAUGAGCAAGGGGAGAUUAUCAUAAUCCAGAAUAUUACCAUAAGCGCCUCAAUUCUGUUAAUUGUACAGAACAUUGCCAUGAAAUAAAGCAGCCAGUCUUUUUCAUAUCUGAAA